UCUUUCCCAGUCAUAUCUUCGCAAAGUUGCUCGGUCUGUAAUUAAGCUGUCCAAAUGCCGAUUACAGCAGAAGGAGCAGAUUUGGAAAUUGUGAGGAAAGUGAAUGACAUCAUAGAGCAAUAUGAGGCUGCAGCAAGACAGCUGAGAGAGUUGAGCCGGAAACCGCAGGUGGAUGGCAUCACUGGAUACCACGAGUUUCCGAGCCUGGCCGAGGAGUACGAGAAUCGCGCGCAGAAGUAUCGCGAGGUAGCCAGAUUGCUGAGAGACCCACCGAAGACACCCUUGUCACCCAAUCAGGAGGAUGCCCUUCUCCGACUCUCCUUGGGAACCAAUUACGAGCCGGCCGCUGUGGCCGUGGCCUCACGCGCUGGAGAGGUGGCCAAGCAGACCUUAGGCAUCCAAAACGUGGGAUGCCUCUGAGUGCUCAAGUUCGUUCCAUUUCCAGGAGUUGUGAAUCAGCAUGACAAACAUUCCCUCGGC